AUGCUGCUCCUUAAAGUGCAGCAGCAGGGCGAGCGGCGGCGCGAGGAGGGGUUGGCCGCGAAGCUGCGCGCGGCGCAGCUGCUGGACGCGCGCCGCGCCGCACGCCACGCGCGCGAGGCCGCGCUAGACGCCGCGCGCCGCCGCGAGUGGCGCGCCGCGCGGCUCGCCGCCGUCGUGCGGGCGACGUCGAAGCUCGCGGCGGGGCUCGCAGCGGCGCGGCAGCUGAGGGCGGCGCGGGCGCGGAUGCAGCACGCCGAGGAGGCAGUGGUCGUCAUCCAAAAGUGCUGGCGGGGCUACUGGCAGCGCAAGGCCUUCCUGAGGGCAAAGCGGGCGGCGGUCGCGUUGCAGCGCGGCUACCGGAGGCACCUAGCCAACGGCUCGGGCUCGGAGGCCGGGCGCAGCGCCGCGGCCGCGCUGCUGGUGCAGUUCCUGUGCGACACCCAGGGGCUGCAUCACCUGGCUAUCGCCGUCCGCCGGCUGCGCCAGACAGUACAUGCCCGCAAGCAAUCGAGCGGGCCCCUCGGCUGA